GGGUGUCCCGUACCCGGCUGGUACCGGCGGUGCGGCCCCGGUGCUUAGUCAGCGCUCCAAAGCGAGAAACUAAAAAGACGGUGGUUAAAAAGUCAAUGCGCCGCCCGGGAAUCGAACCCGGGUCGCAAGAAUGGGAAUCUUGCAUGAUACCACUACACCAGCGGCGCUCCCGGGGAGGCGCUCCCCGCCCGCCCUUUAAAGCUUCGCGCCCGGCCCGUCCUUGGCCUUUGCUAACAACGGCCGUAGCUGCACACAUUGCGCCAUGCCGAGAUUCGGCCUGCUCCUGCUGCUGCUGCUGCUCGCCGCUCUCUGCCCGCCCGCCCCGGCACGGCAGAACCCUGCCAGCAUCGCCGUGGUCGGCGGCGGCAUCGGCGGAGCGGCCACCGCUUACUUCCUCCGCCGCCGCUUCGGCCCCGCCGUGCGCCUGCAGCUGAUGGAGAAGGCGGCGCCGGGAGGACGCUUGGCCACCGAGCAGCUGCACGGACAGGCCUACGAGGCCGGCGGCUCCGUCAUCCACCCCCUCAACCUGCACAUGAAGCACUUCGUCCAGCAGCUCGGCCUCUCUCCUGUCCCGCUGCCAGGGAGCCUGCUGGGCAUUUAUGAUGGCAAGGAGCUGGUCUUUGAGCAGAGCAGCUGGUACCUGAUCAACCUCCUCAAGCUCCUCUGGCACUAUGGUUUCAAUGGCCUGAGGAGGUACUUGUGGGUGGAGGACAUCGUGGACAGGUUCAUGAGGAUCUAUCGCUACCAGGCACACGACUACGCCUUCAGCAGCAACGAGAGGCUGCUGCACGCCCUUGGAGGGGAUGACUUCACCCUCCUGCUCAACCAGAGCAUCGAUGAAGCCAUGCAGAGAGCUGGCUUCUCCCAGAAGUACAUCGAUCAGAUGGCAUCUCCUAUCAUGAGGAUCAACUAUGGGCAGGGUGUCAACAUCAAUGGUUUCGUGGGUGUCAUUUCUCUGGCAUGGAUGGACUCAGGCCUUUGGUCAGUGAAAGGGGGGAACAAACUGGUCUGCAGUGGUCUGCUGUCUGCCUCCAAGGCUGAAGUUAUCCCUGGAACUGUGUUGUCCAUAGAGCCCAAAGUCAGGCCUGGGCCCAGAGGGGACCCGGUGAAGCUCUACCAGGUCACUUACAGCACAGGCUCAGAGGUGACAGGGGACACCUACGACAUGGUCUUCAUCGCUGCUCCGCUGGGCCCCGACUUGGCCAACAUCAGCUUCAAGAACUUUGAGCCUCCCAUCCGCCAGCUGCCCAACCUGUACCACCAGACCAUCACCACGCUGGUGCACGGCCGCCUCAACACCUCCUUCUUUGGUUACCCAGAGCCAGCAACCUUUCCUUUCGGUGACAUCUUCACCAUGGACAAGCCCAACCUCUUCUUCAGCAGCGUGGGGAAGGUGUCCUCCGUGCAAGGUGUGAGCGCUGAGGCAGAGCUGCCCUCCCAGUUGGCCACCUGGAGGGUGUUCUCCAAUGAGGUCCUCACCGAGGAGCAGCUCAACCUGCUCUUCUCCUCCUAUGACUCCGUCAAGGUGAAGCAGUGGUUGGCCUACCCUGAGUACAGGCCCCCAGAGGAAUGUCCUCCCAUCCUCCUGCACGACCACAUCUACUACGUGAGCGGCAUCGAGCGAGCUGCCAGCGCCAUGGAGUUCAAUGCCAUCGCGGCCAAGAACGCUGCCCUGCUGGGCUACCACCGCUGGCACGGCAACGGCCACCGCAUCGACCAGGAGGGGCUGCAUGAGAAGCUGAAGGCAGAGCUCUGAGCUCGGCUCCAGCCUCUCCGAGACAAAGAUGCACCUGCUGUGGAGCCACCACUGGAGCUAACCAACGGAGAUCUCCUGGCUGAGUCCCCCACAGGAGAUGCUCUGCUAACUGAAGAUAGCCUAGAACCACAAGGGCAGGGCAGAAGCUUUCCCCAGUGUGCCAGCCCUCCUCUGAGCCCUCCCCCACGGAGCCCUCCCUGAGCCCUUCCCCACAAAGCCUUCCCCGCAGAGUACUUCCCAAUGGAGCCUUCCCCGAGGACCCCUUCCUGGGGGAGCCCUCCUUGAGCCCUUCCCCGAGGACCCCUUCCCAGGGGAGCCCUCCCUGAGCCCUUCCCCAAGGACCCCUUCCCAGGGGAGCCCUCCCUGAGCCCUUCCCCGAGGACCCCUUCCCAGGGGAGCCCUCCUUGAGCCCUUCCCCCAAAGCCUUCCCGGGGGAGCUCUCCCUGAGCCCUUCCCCGAGGACCCCUUCCCAGGGGAGCCCUCCUUGAGCCCUUCCCCGAGGACCCCUUCCCAGGGGAGCCCUCCUUGAGCCCUUCCCCGAGGACCCCUUCCCAGGGGAGCCCUCCCUGAGCCCUUCCCCGAGGACCCCUUCCCAGGGGAGCCCUCCCUGAGCCCUUCCCCGAGGACCCCUUCCCGGCGGAGCCCUCCCUGAGCCCUUCCAGCGAAGCCUUCCCCGUGGAGUCCUUCCCAAUGGAGCCUUCCCCCAGGACCCCUUCCCGGCGAAGCCUUCUCCACAGAGCCCUUCCCAACGGAGC